AUGGGGAACAACACCAAGGUCAUGGCAACCUUUGGUGUUCUUGUGUUCUUGCAGGCCGUAUCGUGCGCCAUGGCCUGGCACCACGCUGAUCCAAGGACGUCCCUCGCCGGCGUCCAGGCAGGAAUGAUGAUGAUGAACGGGUAUGAAGAAGGAGAUGAAGGCGGCGGGCCGACGGCGUGCGGCGGCAUAUACCACGGCGACGGAGAUUUCCUAAUGACGCUGCCUGCGGAGUUGUACGCGGGCGGGGCCCUGUGCCACAGAUUUAUGAACAUGGUUGUCAAGAAAUUACAUGUUGAUGUGUGGAGCGCCGCCGGGCAAGUCUACAACGUCCCAGCUGUGAUGUCGCUGAACGGCUUCGAGCAAGGAGAGGAGGGCGGGCCGGCGAAGUGCGACGGCCAGUACCACAGCGACGACCUCUACCUGGUGGCGAUGACCUCAGUGUGGUAUGGGCCAGGUCUCCGGUGUGGCAAGAUGAUCAGCAUCAAGAGCUCUGGCGGGAGCAGCCUGCAGGCCAUGGUGGUGGACGAGUGCGACUCGGACAACGGCUGCGGCGCUACCGAGAUCAGCACGUCGGCCGCCGUGUGGAAGUUCUUUGGGCUUGACACCAGUGUCGGCGAGGUGGCCGUCACCUGGUCGGACGUCUAA